UAUCUGUAUUUCCGUUUUAAAGUGUGACUUCAGACAGGAGCCUUCUUUCUAUAAUUCUAUCGUUUUGGUUUAAUUUUAUUCGUGAAAACUUUAAACCAUGGCUGCUAUAAGCUUAUUAAAUCCUAAAGCCGAGUUUGCUAGGGCAGCACAAGCUUUGGCUGUAAAUAUUUCAGCAGCUAAAGGUAUACAAGAUGUGAUGAGAACUAACCUAGGACCAAAGGGUACAAUGAAAAUGUUGGUAUCGGGAGCAGGUGAUAUCAAAAUAACAAAGGAUGGCAACGUUCUGUUGCAUGAGAUGCAGAUCCAACACCCGACGGCGUCGCUGAUUGCGCGAGCAUCCACAGCGCAAGAUGAUGCAACCGGUGACGGCACUACCUCUACUGUGUUGCUUAUAGGAGAGCUGUUAAAACAAGCUGAUAUUUAUAUAAGUGAAGGAUUACAUCCAAGGAUUUUAACCGAGGGAUUUGAUGUUGCUCGAACCAAAGCACUUGAAGUUUUGGAAUCCAUGAAAAUUCCAAUUGAAGUAAAGAGAGAGAAUCUUCUAGAUGUGGCACGUACAUCAUUGAAAACAAAGGUACAUUCCAGCUUGGCUGAUGUGUUAACGGAUGCUUGUGUGGAUGCUGUUCUUGCUAUUCGUACCCCUGGUAAACCUGUAGACCUUCAUAUGGUUGAACUCAUGGAAAUGCAGCAUAAAACUGCUACUGAAACAACCCUUAUCAAAGGCAUAGUUAUGGACCAUGGUGCCCGCCAUCCGGACAUGCCAAAGCGUGUCGAAAAUGCUUAUAUUUUGACAUGCAACGUAUCUCUGGAAUAUGAAAAGACAGAAGUUAACUCAGGUUUCUUUUACAAAUCAGCAGAAGACAGAGAGAAGCUUGUAGCUGCUGAAAGAGAUUUCAUUGAUCAGAGAGUUAAGAAGAUUAUUGCUUUGAAGAAAAAGCUCUGUGAUGGUACUGACAAAUCUUUUGUGGUCAUCAAUCAAAAGGGAGUGGAUCCACUUUCAUUAGAUGCUUUUGCCAAAGAAGGUAUUGUUGCUCUACGUAGAGCCAAGAGGCGUAAUAUGGAACGUUUGUCUCUCGCAUGUGGUGGAAUAGCAAUGAACUCAGUUGAUGACCUCACAGAGGAGUGUCUUGGAUUUGCAGGACUAGUGUAUGAGCAUAUCUUAGGUGAAGAGAAAUACACUUUUGUUGAAGAGUGCAAAAAUCCUCAGUCAGUAACAAUUCUUAUAAAGGGCCCUAAUAAACACACUCUCAUUCAGAUUAAAGAUGCUGUCCGUGACGGUCUCAGAGCUAUCAAUAAUGCAAUUGAAGACAAAUGUGUCAUACCUGGAGCCGGUGCAUUUGAAAUUAAGGUCAACUUGGAGUUACAGAAAUAUAAGGAUACUGUUAAAGGAAAGUCUCGUCUUGGCAUACAAGCAUAUGCUGAAGCAUUAUUAGUUAUUCCUAAAACUCUCGCUGUUAACUCAGGUUAUGAUGCUCAAGAUACCAUCGUAAAACUUCAAGAGGAAUCACGCUUAAGCCCUGAUCCUGUUGGUUUGGAUCUUAACACUGGUGAAGCUAUUAAACCAAGUGAUAUGGGUAUUUAUGAUAAUUAUAUUGUGAAAAAACAAAUCCUUAACUCAUGUUCAGUUAUAGCUAGCAAUCUUCUCCUCGUCGAUGAAAUCAUGAGAGCUGGCAUGUCAAGUCUUAAGGGGUAGUGUCUUUUAAAACUUAUAAUUUGCUACACCAAUAUUAAUAAAUAUUAUUAUUACUUACUUAACAUGAGUUCACUUCAAGCAUUUAUGCAUUAAAAAUUGUAUUAAUUUCUUUCUAUAAUACUAAAUAUAUGCUUUGAAAGCAUUAUGAAGAUAGUGCUUGCAUCUUUAUUUUAAAUAUAAUAUUAAUUGCUAUGAAUAAAAU